CAUAUAAAAUACUGUAGCUGUGUUGACAUCUCCAUCUUGAAGCGGCAUUGCUUUGUCCAACAGCGAGAGAGGGAGGGCGAGAGAAUUUGCGGAAGUGAAACGACCGAGCGGGUGGGGUUUGUAGGUUUCUGUGGGAAGUAGAAUAGAGCGAAGGGCUCUAGGGCUAAUUCUUCGGCAGGAAGCGUCUAUAGCUUGGGCCUCCUUUAUUAUUAGAAGAAGCAGAUUAUUGAUGUCGCCGUUGCGCAGCCUCGCCGUGGGUCUCCAGCUCAGGCUACAUCCAUGGUGUCUUUGAAGAGGGAAUCGGCGUCAGCAGUACUGACGGAGCCUUUUGAAUAUCUGUGCAUUCAGACAUGCUGAUCGGAAUUUCCUGAGGAGGAUCAAGCAACGUCAAAACGGCCAGUGUGGAUGGAUGCGGAGAGAUGUGUUCGCUGUCAGUAGGAUUUAUAUUCAUUUACGUUAUGUAAGAGUCUAAGCGCGCCACGCAGCUGUACAAUACCCGAACUGAGGAGUAAUAAUGAAUAACGCGCAAGAUAUGUCUCCCGAUUUUGUGUUGAUGCGCCUGGUUUCUGCAGCGGAAUAUGACCGUGUAGACGAGGAGAAUUUGUUGACGGGUAGCGGAGUGGUUUCCGGAUUCGGGAAAGCAGCUUUGGGUCAUCAUGGCAACAACAUCACCAGUGGGUUCGAGUUGGACCCCACUAACCCCUCCGCAGGCCCGGUGUGCCAGACCAAUCCCUCCCCGCACUGUAGUUCUCAACCGGAGAGCGGGACCGCAGCGCUUGACAGCGGCAUAAUGCUGACUCGACCCUCGCUGUCUGAUACUCAACCGCCGCCCGACUUUGCCGUGGCCCAGCGCUUCGAAUUCCCACACACGGGGGGCCGAGGAUCGCGGGCACAGCUCAUGGUUUUUCAAAACCUUCUAACGACCGGAGAAGCACUUGAGCAGUCCGGUUAUCAAACGGGCGAGAACGACACGCUAGACGGCGGCGGCACAGGUGUGUCAAACGGCGGCGUCGAUGACAAUUCCAACUACAGCAUAAGCGCACACCAGCGAAUACCCUCACAAAGACUCCAGUGGCACCCGGUAAUGCAACUCACCAAGGUAGCGGUGGAGGGCAGCGACUUUUCCAUGGGGAGAGGAGGUCUCUGCCACAGGCACCAUUUAGUCACUGACACCAUGGACUGGCCUCCUUUACUAGACAAAUCCCUACAAUUUGGCAUGCUGGAUCCGCGCAAGGCUGGUACUGACCACCACAGGGAGGACCCAGUGCUUAGCCUGGCCAGACGUCUGGGGGAGCUAGGCCAGGCUUCGGAGAAGCUCCUGAAGGAUGGCGAGCCGCUGCGCUGCUCCUGCCAGAGCGUACUGGCAUCGGCCACGGCGGGCAUGGGGCCUGGGGAGGACCCGAGUGAGACCAGUGACGCGCUGCUGGUGCUGGAGGGCCUGGGCUCGUCAGAGGUGGGCGAGCUGGCCAUGGGCGGGUGCCCACGCCCGGGUCGGGACGGCUUCAAAGGAGAACCAGGGGCCCAGUCGGGGGAACCGGACACCGGCCAGGACGGGGCGACGACGCCGAUGACCAUGACAACCAUGACAGUUGCCGCGGCGACGGCCACCUUCUCCAGCAGCUCUCUGAGCGGCCUCAUGCAGCAGGUGCAGAGGCUGGCAGCGGCAGGGGCCGCGCUGGGUGUAGACGCCUACCGCGACCCACAGACGUGCCGCCCGUCCCUGCCGGACGGCCUCAGCCCCUCGGGCCCGCUGGCACCGGACGCCUCCGGCUCCUCCUCGGCGACUCUUCCCGAAGCGCCUGCCGCUGCGACCACGCAAGCACUGGAGCACCCUCAGCCCUCGGACGCAGCCUCUCCGCCCACCCCGACCACUGCGGCCCACACCCCGCUGAGCCGCCCCCCCACGCCCAAGCGCAUCGGCUCCCCCAUGGCUGUGGCGGCUGCCCUGGGCAGUGCCACCCUCGGGGGUGGUGGAGGUGCCAGCGAGAGCCAGAAGAGCAGGGGCAAGUCGAGGAAAGGCUCCCUGAAGAUCCGCCUCAGCAAGCUGUUCCGCACCCGGAGCAGUGGCACAGGAGUGGGCGGCGCGGGAGCGGGCGCCAGCGGGGGAAGCGGUGGUCCCAGCCCCUUGCUGGACAAGCGUCCCUCACUGGCCUCGUCCACGUCGUCGGGGGGCAGCCUGAUGGACGUGUGGAGUUCAUCCAGCGCCGAACCGGACGCUGGCAGCAGACCCCAGCUGUCAAGGCCCCAAAGUGCCUUUUCUCCUGUGCCCUUCACUCCUGCCUUCACUGGUGAGACUGUGUCCCUGGUAGAUGUGGACAUCUCUCGUAGAGGAGGGAGCUCUCUUCACCCCCCCACUCCCCCGCCUCCUCCCCGACGAAGCCUCAGCCUGCUGGACGACUUCGGCGGGCCGCAGCCUGGGGUGUCCCUGGACAAUGUGGUGGGGGCGUCCAUGCAGUCGCUGCCCCUGAGAGCCCCACCCCCUUCCCACGCCAUUAUCCAGCACAGCCUCAGCCUCAACGACACCUUCCUCAGAGGACUGCCGCGGCCCAUACCCUUGGUGCCGGAAGGUCCGAACUCGGCCCGGCACGAGCAGCGUCCCUCUCUGUUUCCACUGAGUCGACCCGACGCAAGCAGCUUCGCCACCAGCCUCAGGGAGCUGGAGAAGUGCGGCUGGUACUGGGGCCCCAUGAACUGGGAGGACGCGGAGCUGAAGCUGAAGGGGAAGCCGGACGGCUCGUUUCUGGUGCGGGACAGCUCUGACCCCCGCUACAUCCUCAGCCUGAGCUUCAGAUCGCAGGGAGUCACGCACCACACACGCAUGGAGCACUACAGAGGGACCUUCAGUCUGUGGUGCCACCCGAAGUUCGAGGACCGCUGCCACUCGGUGGUGGAGUUUAUCGAGCGUGCCAUCAUGCACUCCAAAAAUGGAAAAUUUCUCUACUUCCUACGAUCUCGAGUACCAGGGUUGCCGCCCACGCCGGUGCAGCUGCUGUACCCAGUGUCCCGCUUCAGCUCCGUCAAGUCCCUCCAGCACCUGUGCCGCUUCUGCAUCCGGCAGAUGGUGCGCAUCGACCACAUCCAGGAGCUGCCCCUGCCCACGCCUCUGAUCGAGUACCUGAGGAAGUUUUACUACUACGACCCUGAGGAGGAGAUGUACAUGUCCAUCAGGGAGGCCAGGAGGGACCCUGCCGCUGCCCAGCCCACCGAGACACAGACGUAGCAGUCCUACCAGAUGAAGCAUUCCCUUUAUUUUUGUAUUAGUAAACAGCGGCCCAUGAAGACUGCCAACACGGCUGGUGACGGCGCCCGUCAGACGCUGGAGGGGAUCAGACUGCUGGUGUUCCUCCGUGAUGGGGAUAGGAAGUG